AUGAACCCUGGGCAACGGAAGGAGAUGGAGGAUGCCAGGGAAAAAUGGAAUAGGGAAGGUGCCCCACCAGAAUCACAGGCAAUAAUGGUUGAAGUUGGAAUUUUCUUAAUUAAGGAACCUUCAGACCUAGAGGAAAAUGAUAACAAGUCAGAUGAUGAAGAGGAAGAUGAUAGCAGGGCUAGCCUACCUGAACUCAUUUUGGACAAGAACGGCUACCCAAAGCUUCCCUCGCAAGCUGGAGUUGCCACCAGAGGGCCACAAGAAUUGAGGGCAACAAGAAUUGAGGUCUUCAUGAACACUGCCAAACCUGUACCUUGGUGCGAGGUUGUGGGGAAACCUACUUUGUACCUUGAUUCUGAUUCCCUCCCCCAAGGCUUCAUCUUGAGAGACCCAGUCUCAUAUGAGGGCAGAAAAUAUCAACCAGCUAUGGGCUCAUUGGGAGUGAGUUGGCUGGAGCAGCCUCUACACAGCAGUAGAGCAAGCCUGGCCAACAGCGAUUCCUCUGAAGAUGAGUCGGCUGCAGCAGCCCCUGCUGGAUGUAGGAUCGGGUUGGCUGCUCGACCUUCCAGUGCUCAGCUGGGUGCACCAGCAAUGGUGCCCAUGAAGGAUCACAUCCUGUUCUUGAAGUCCCUUAGCAGCAACAACAAAUACCUGCUUUUAGUUGAGGGUAUCAAAGACUUGGGCAAGGAACCAAGUUUCAAGAAGCAAAAGGAAUGGCCUGCCUGGGCAACUUGGUCUUGGGAAGGGUCUUACCUUCCCAGGAACCUGCACUCCGUAAAUGGUGAGGUGCAGAAGUUCUUGGAGACAGCUGCAUUUGCCAAAACCUCCAGCUUGCCCUCUGCAAUGCGAGUCAGCCUAGGUCUUGGGUUGCUGCUCAGGGAGUGUAAGCGAGCCAUCGAGUAUGAAGCAGAUGAGGUCACCUCCCCAACCCCCACUUACAUCAACACAUCAAUCUUGGAUAUCAAGAUCCUCAACCUGGUUGUAGAGGUGGUUAACAAGGUCAGAGGUGGGGUUGUGCAUCUACUGAAGGUGAGGGACAUUGAACAGGAAAGUGCUAUCAUCGAUAAGGCUGCUGUUGGAGAUGGACGUGGAGCUGGAGAUGAUGAAGAGAGAAGGCUCCUGGAGACACAGAGGGAGGAGGAAGAAAAGCUCAUAGCAGAAGAACAAAAGGAUGAGGAUGAGGAUGAGGAUGAGGACCAGGACCAGGUGAAAGGGAAGAAAAGAACCAAAUCUGGUGGAUCUCGAAAGCCAUCCAAGAAGGUCAAGGGUGAUAUCCGUCAAUCUUCCAGAGCUAGGCAGCCCACUAAGAAAGCCUUGAAGCUUUAG